AAAAAAAGAUGAGAAACCAGUGGAUAGCAGCAGUGUUUAUCAUGGCAUUCUUGGUUUUCAGUGCUCAUUCUGAUGACGAUGAUUGUUAUGAGGCUUGCAUGCACUUCUGCUCAGAUACUCUUUCUGAGGACUGUAAGCUCCACUGUGAAUCUGCUUGCUCUGAUAAGGUUCCAAAAACUCUGGAUGGACCAUUUUUCUGCAAGCUUGGCUGUUCCCUUCGUCAAUGCUCUCGCAUUUCUACAGAUAAGGCGAAAUUUCGCAGCUGCAUGGACAACUGUGGGGAGAGCUACUGCAAGCUACCACAUCGCAAUUAAGUAGCCAGCCAAGCUGGUGUGAGGCUAGCUAUAGCCAGUAGUAUGACAAUGAAGUCCAAAAUAGUCUCCUAUAUAUUAGUUACUAAUAGGAAUAAAGGGACUAUUCGUUUGAACUUCACAAAUAUGAACUUUAUGAUGUUUUUUCUAUUUCUGUAUUUUGGAUUACUAAAAGAAUGAAGCGAAGAAAGAUAAUCAAUCCUGAUGAAACUUUCUUCCAAAUUCCGAACUAUAUAUAUUUAUAUAUACGUGACAAAAGUUUAUCAUUAGUCGCCUGAAGUAAGUUGGUGAAAUUUCUAAUUAAUCGUCACCUUUAUGUCUU